CGUUAGCGACAACUGCUGUAUUGACAAUACGCUUUUCCAUGCAGUGGCUCUCGUUACAAUCGCGCUUACAUUACACGCUAUUACGUCUAUAGCUGUAUCGGCACAGGUGCACCGUGCAAUUGAAAUAAGCGAGUGCUAUCGGCGCUGUCGCCAUGCGGCCCGAGUACAUUUUUAUCUGCAACUUAACGUGCCUUCUUUUCUUCCUGCUUGCCGAGAGACUUUUCGCGAGCGGAGAAUCGGGAAGCGAUUACUCGAAAGGAUGCGCCCAUCUACGUUGCGAGAACGGCAGCCGAUGCGUGAAACGGCGAUUCUGGUGCAAGGACCCACCUUGCCCCGGCAUGUUGUAUUGUUCUAGGUCAAGAAAAGAAUCGUUGAAGGGACCACUAACAUGCAACACCGUUCGUUGCAGCAAAGGACACGUAUGUGUCGUUAAAGUGCGAGGAUGCCAUUGGGAUGAGAAGUGUAAGCAACAAUUAGCGCGCUGCGUAACGGAGAAAGAGUAUCACGAGGGCGCAGCUUCCUGCGCCGGCUUCGAGUGUCCAUCGGGAGAGCGUUGCAUCUUGCGAGAAACGCUUUGCGACAAUCCACCCUGCAAACUUAUCAGGAGUUGCGAAAGCGCGGAAGACGUCCAACUUUGGUUCGACGUGUGCCAAAGUUUGAGCUGCCCCUCGGAACACGAGUGUUUCUUGCGAAGGCCAGAAAACAAUUGUCACGAUCCGUGGUGGUUGUGUACGCACACGCCUGAUUGCACGCUCACCGUCGAAGACGAGCUGGUGAGCAAGUAUUGCUACGGCUGGGUCUGCCCACGAGGGCAAAAAUGCGCAGUGCGAAUUGUAGAUUCGUGCAAGGGUUUCAACUGCACCAUCGAGCGAUCGUGCCGCGCAUCUUUAGUCUCGUCUGCCACACGCAACAAUAAGAUCGCCGAGCAACCCUCGGCCAGAAGAACCUUGGUGCAAACCGAGAGGGAGCUGAUUCGCCAGGAACUGGAGAGAAAAACGACCGCGGAGACGAGUUAUCCAAUCACGGGGGAAAAGCUGAUUUUGCCAGUGACACAAAAGGAAAAUAUACGUCACACAACUCCUACAGAGCACGGGAUAGAAGUCUCGCUGACUCGCCAGCAGAUCGCAACAACGAAAUCAAAUUUAAUCGCAGAGUCUUUGGAGUCGUCACCAAACGAGCCGUAUGUAACGCUGCCUUAUCCUACACCUCGAUUGAAUUACAAUAAACCCACGGUGCUCGAUGAAAGCAAAAUUGUUCAGAGCUCAACUUCUCUGGCAACUUCGCCCGCUGAUGGGAAAACCGAGCCGACUAUGUCGCGUGACACGGAGAGAUUAGAAGAGUCGAGGAAGAUUUACAUAGCGGCCGACGACACGCUGUCCCUUCCCACGAUGUUGGAGGACAUUAACUUUCUUGGGCAAGGUUAUCCAAUCUGGAUAAAGAACGAUCCGUAUCGUUCGUUGGAAGCGAAGGACGGAAACGGUUGGCGGUACCACGCGCCACAAGAACCACACAAGAUUUUAUUGCCGCCGUACGAGCCGGCGAUCCUCGUCGAAGGUGUAGGGAGACGAGGACAAUUUCUACCAUUCUUCACUGAUGCGUUCGAUCACCUUUUCAACGAGGCGGCUUUAAUAUCUUCGCCAGACGUAACACCUGCAGAUAUCGGAGGCUCGAAGACAGAUAGCACCUCGACAAUUGCAGACGAGAAGACUGUUAAUUAUACAAAUGGUUCGACGGGUGUCGAGAUAGAAAACGUCAAGACGAAUCACUCCAAUGACUCGUCCGGCGAUCAUGCGAAUUUCCCGGCGACAGAAAAAACCAACGCUGCUCCGCCGAGCGACAAAGAACUGGGCAAUUACUAUGACAACCACGAGUGGCGACCCUGGUAUGUGAUUCACGACUAUCUGGAACGAAACGAUCAGCCGCAACCAAGCCGCGGGCAAGGAUCCGAAUCGAGCAUCGUUGAUCUCGCAACGGAUGAUUUCUAUAGAAAUGAUACGUUGGCCGACGUAGAGUCAUCCACGCGAACUACGGACGAGAAGAGGAGCCGAGUUUCUGAAACGCGAUAUGUAGACGGGCGCAAUAAAAAUCUUGCGACACUCAGCCCACCUGUUUCAACGGGGCAAAGUGAUUACAGCGCUCGAAACGAGAAACUCCAUGGUCUUGCAAAUUACCUUUAUGACACGAUAUCCGUUCACCACGUUGGCAAAUCGAGCCGCGAACACGGAGGAUCUUCUGCGAAGCAAAUCUUUGACGUGUCGUCGGACGGGGAAGGAAAUCAGGUACCGCGCAAACGACGUCUCGACGUCUUUUAUCUCGUUUUGGACGGCCUGCGAAACCGGUUCCGAAUUUCGGUUUCAGCACGAUAUUCCGAUCACGUUUCCUUUCGGCCAAUUACUUGGCCGGAGCCGGGCGAACGUCCAGUAAUGUUCUCCUACGAGGCAUCGCCUCAUUACACCCGUAACAAUAAUAUGAGAAGCAACGACCGAGUGGUGUACGACGAAUAUUCCAGUCACGAGAGCUAUGACAACAUCGGCGGCACCGAAAUGACGGGAUCGUGAUGGGAAACGGUACCGUUUCUAAUCGAGUGCAAAAUUUAUGAGUGCCUUUUUAUUACCUCCUUGUCAUCGCCUUUCCUUUUCCUUUCCACGGCGUGAUUUGAGACACGAAAUUGCUCGUUUGUAAAUGCUUCCGCGAUUGUUAGCCCGGGGGUAGAGUAAGCAAAUAUACAAUGGCAGUGAGAAAUUGCAGCAUUUCGCGCACUUUGGAGAACGGUGUCAGCCUAUGCGUCCGCGGGAAUUGAAUUUAUCUCAUGGCACGAAUGUCGUCUCUCUCUCUCUCUUUGAUCAUAUUUAUAGACGAGUUAACCAAAUAUAUUAUUUUUAACUUUAUACCUUUUUCAGAUUUUUCUGCAGCUUCAAUUAAGAAUUUCUUGGAGCAAUGUGCACCGUAUUGACAACAAUGAAUUAUCUUUCAAUUCGGUUUACCAUUUCUUAAUAAUUACUCAAUUUGAGAUAGUGUACCAUGUCAUAAGCAGACAUUCUGAGGACGUGACGAUUUAAUUGCGACAGCCGAUAGUUAUAGCGACAGUGUAUCACGCACCAUAGAAUUUCUUUGUCAUUGAGAGAUCUUCAGAAGCGGCCGUGACAAUUUAAUUGGUGCCUAUGCGUUCCUCCACCGGCG